CCUCCUGCUGCACCUGCGCAGGACGGCCUUGGAGACUCUAGCCCGGGAUCCAGGACCCCGACGUCGCCCGCCUUGUCGACAGCCUCUACAGCCGACGACGAAGACGACGAGCUCGGAUCGUCGCCGGCGAUUCCUCUGCUUCCUGCCCCCAAGCUCUCCGAACGGGCUUCGGCAAUCUUGAGGGCGCCUGCAUUUGACAUCCACGACUUCCAGAUCGACGACGACGAGCGGGACGACAGCGACGACAACCUCGCCUCGGACGACGAGCAGUUUGGCACUGCCAGCUGGGGCUCGCCAUAUCUCCGGAGCGACGUCAACCUCCGCCGCCAGAGCUACGAAAGCGAGGGGUCUGACAGUGACGAUGCUGCCGCUGCCGUGCUUGUGCACAGGGCCAGGCGUCGGAACAGGGGACUUACCGAGGGCUGGAUCCGCACUCACACCGCCGGCGACCAGAACACCGAAGCUCGACUCUGGUUCAGCGACGGAGACAGCAGCGAGCACUCUUCACUGAGCGGCUCGGAAGCUGACUGGUAUCAAAGUCGAGAUCCUCGCACACCUAGGCCGUCGAGCAGAUAUAGGGCCAAAUCUCGAUCCACAUCUCGACAUCCUCGCGCCAUCUCUAGCGUUGAGACUCUCAAGGCCGGUGAUCCUCUGCAAUCGGAAGCAGACGACGACAUGGCAAGCUCAGUUGCCACCGAGACGGGUUCCGUCGUGGGCCUGUCCCUCCCCAACAACCACAACGACAUGGCGACGCCGCCUGGGGCUGAACAACCAAACGGCAGCAAGGCGAUCCCACCCAUCAAAGUCUCCGACAAGCCCCUACCCAGGGAACCGUCUGUCACGCCUCGAAUCAAGAAAAAGGUGCCGUGGAAGGGCAAGAACAUCAUAGUUACGCUACCACGGGAUGAUGAGCGCGGUCUCCCAGGACAACCGCCAAUGCCUCUUCGACAACACGAGAUUGAGCGAAUGUUUGAUUCAUGGAUGGAGCUAGGGUAUAAUGUAGACGGCUUCGAUUUGCCGGCUGAGGAUGAUACGACUCAGGAAUCUCAAAGCAGAGAGGCGUGGCCUAGUUUUGAGGAUUUGGCGCAAGAGCGCUAUGAACAAGAAUAUACAGUAGUCCUGCCAGACCUGAAUGCGUGGAAGAACUACGUCAAUGAGUUGCAAGAAGCCAAGCUUAGAGCCCUUGGCGUCUCGUUCGGAGGCGAUGAACCCGAAGCUGCACCCUCAAUAUCUUCACAACCUUCACGACUACCUUCGGCUCAGUACCCUCCACUGCCUUUCUCACCUCCAAUUCCGACUUCCUCAGCGUCCAGCAACCAUGCGAUACCCGGUUUCCCGUUCCCAUCUCCCUUCAUCCCCGGCGCUGCCGCCAACCAGAGCCCGUUGGCAUCGGGCGCCUCGCCAGUACCUUUCAGUGUGGCUGGCAAAUUCAAUGCACGACAGUCCAUCUCAUUCCCUGCUAACAGCUCACCUUUCCAACAGCCGCCGCAGGGAUGGCCCAACCAGGCUGGUAUCUUGCAGGGCAUGAGUCCUCAAGAUUCGCCAUCCAUGAUGAGUUUCAAUGGCAUCAUGUCACCUCAGUCUCCUUAUGGCGUGGAAUUCCACCAGACUGGCAGCCCGGCAUUCAAUCUACACCAGAGGCAUCAGUCACUGCAAUAUCUACCACAGCAGUACGCUAGAGCUUCUCCCCGCCUUCAAGACGUUAGGGAAGAUGAAGAAGAAGAGGAGCAUGUGGGUGGCAAGAGUCCAUCCAAAACCCCCGAGCCUGUACAACGCAAUGCAGACCAGCUACAAGCCGAGAUUGACGAUGCCGAGUAUCAUCUGGAGGAGCAGCUACGCAAUGAGCUGGAACAUGAGGACUACAAUCCCCAGACGAGAGCCGAAGCCGUUGCCCACCAGCCCUUUGUUGCUGCGCAUGCUCAUCAGCCUUCUGCUGGCGGCUUUGCGCCAGUUGAACAUUUUGCCAACGAGCCUGGCAAGCCCAUGGUUUUGCACCACCCGCGGCCUCACAGCCGGGGUCAUUCCCUUACCCAAAAUUUCUAUCGGGAGGACGAUCCUUCUGAAAGCGCUAGCCAGAAUGUCAUGCCGCAAUUUGGGCCAUUGAAUGACAUUCCGGAAACUCAUCGCGUCGACGAGGCUUAUGAAGAAAUCCAGACAAAUCCCAGCAAUCUCGGCACACCUAUUCAGGACAUCGAUUUUGUUGCUGCUUUCAACCAGCAUCAAAAGAAUGUAUCUGCUUCGAGCAACCCAUGGCAGGACUCAGUGUCUCUUAACAAUGCUGGUAGCCAACAUUCAGCCAACGAUAGCAAGUCUUCUUUGUCCAAAUUCAAUGUAGAAGCACCAGAGUUCAAGUUCAAUCCCACGAGCACAUUUACUCCUGGCCAUUUCAACUUUGACACUCCUAGCUUCCAGCCGGGUGUGUAUCAUGCUGGCGCACCAGAUGUCAUGGAGCAGACUCCUUUCGGAGUCCCGCCACAGCAGCCUCCAGCAGCCAAGAUCAACGUCAAUGCUCCGGCAUUUGCUCCUGGACAGAAGAGCGAAUUUAACUUUUCUUCAUCUGGCCCCAAGUUCCGCCCUGAUGCUCCCGCUUUUACACCAUUCCAACCCCAAGGUGCUGCAUCCAAUCCUGCUGAAGGUGGCAUGAAGGGUUUCCCGAGACGGACCGAUUCCAUCUUUAAUAAUAUUAGGAUCGAACCUAAUCAACAUGCCGACUCAGUUGCUCCUAAAAAGACCAGAGCCGUCCCCGUCUUAAGAUCUACUAGUGAAUCGCCAGUCGCUUCUGAAGGCGAUAUUAGAGAGCCUGAUGGUCGCGUCCAGGACGACUCCAGAGCUAAGCGGGCUAAGAGCACUGCGGCUGAUAGUGAUGAUGUGCCUCUCUUUGCUGACAGACCAGAUGACUUGGUCGAAGAGGAAGAAGGAGAAGAAGCAGAAGAAGCUGUGUUGCCCGCCGAUACUUCCAUGUCUUCGGUCGACCAGAUCGAUACUCAGGUCACUACUGCUGCUCCCUCUGAGACAUCACCAGCGGAAGCAUCUAUCAAGUGGACGUCAUCUUUCGAACUGACCCCUCGACAUUUGUCGGCGGCUACUCCCGCAUCUCUCCCAGAACUUCCAGACGAAAGCGAAGCUCGCUCAGACGGAGAAGGGUUGUCCGAAUCCACGCAACCCAAUGCUCAGUCUGCUCCUGAAGAUCCUCAAAUUGCAAUUGCCAGACGCAAGCUUACUCCCAAAGGCCUUUCUGGGUCCCGAUUUGCUCUACCUUUGCCGAAGCCAGCUGGUUUGGCCUCGUCUCGUUUCGCGGAGGCAACUCCCGCUGCUACCGCUGAGCAAGAUGACGACGACGACGACGACGACGACGACACGAUUGAGUUUCCAAAAGAAGGAACAAGCGGUUUCAAUGCUACGCCUACUACGAAUGGCGAUAAGCGCGAACCUACCUUUGAGGAGAUUGAUGCGGUCAUGCAGCGAAUGGAGAGAGAUCAUUCUCAGGGCAUUAACAAAUCCGUUGAGACAUUCAAGUGGCCUCACCCAGCUGGCGAAGCUCAUGCAUCGUCGGAUGAGUUGCAUAUCCCUUCAGACCAUGCGCGCGAGAAGAUGAGCGUUAUUCCACGCAAGUAUAGCGAUAUUCUUGACAACACGUCUCAGCCAAUGUUGAGUACUGAGUUGGAAGAUCCGUUCGUGGACCCACCGCUGAGCGCCCAAGUUCUGAGACGUGGCAGCGGAUUCGAAGAGGGUGAGAUUGAGAGCGACCAAGUUAGUGACUGGGAAGGCGCCUUCUCAGAGGAGGAACAUUCGAAGCUUGAGAAUCGUGCCCAGUUUUUCGACGGUCGUGUCAACGACGUCGUCGGUACGCUCUUGGCAUCCAGACUUGAACCCCUCGAGAAGGCUAUCCUUACUCUCUCUCGCUCUCUGAAAUCUAAUGACCAACGGGCUCCUUCAUCCCGACGCGAUGCUCGUGGUGGCUCGACUGAGUAUCAGGAAAGCGACGCUGAUGACGAAGACGAUGAGCCUGCUCCUCGUCGCUCCACGAGUCCCAAGAGGGACCGAAAACUGGACCACAUUCGUUCAAUUGUUGUCGAAGCUCUUGCUUCGCAGUCACGUAGCAAUUUACCAACCGUCAAUACGGAAGCUACUGGCGAUGGAACUCUCCUAAGGUCUCUUGAUGAGAUCAAAGAGCUACUAGUUACUAGUGCCAGGCACACACCUCGCGAUGACAUCAACUCUGUUCAUUUCGAGGGCAUGUUGCAAGCCAAGUCCAAUGAAGAGCUUGCUGCAAGGGUCCGCGAACUUGAGACAAAGGCAAUGGAUCUCGAACAGCGACAUCGCCUAGACCAAGAGAGCCUUGAGAAUGAAAUCAAUGAGCGCAGGGCUGCGGAGGAUGCAGUAGCUGAGCUCAACCGAAAGCUACAGGCUACAGAGGCACAGGUAGAAGUCGAAGUUAUUAACCGUAGCGUUUUCGACGGCCGUGUUGCCGAGCUUGAAGCGAGAGUCAGGCGACAAGAGGAUACCAACGAGCAGGAAGUCCAAGCCAGGCGUGCAGCCGAAGAUAACCUGUCCGAAGUUCAACGCUUGUUGCAUAAUGCCUCCGAAGAAGAGACCCGACUACGCGAAGCGGUGGAGGAGAGAAACCAGGCUAUCAAGUCACUAGAGCACUCCGCAGGCAAGACUGCCCUGCAAAUAUCCAAGAUGGAGGUUGCUCGUGAUCAUUGGACCCAUCACCAAGCUGAGAUGGUUAACAGGAUCAACGUCCUCGAAACCGAUCUUCGCAACGUUCGCCAAGAUAACAAUACUUGGAGAGCGGAGAUGGAACGAGCUGAUGAAGCCGCACGCCGUAGCAAUGGCGAGCUUGGUCAUGCUUUGAAUGAAAACAAGCAUCUGCAUAAAUCACUUGAAAGCGUCGUUUCUCAACUUGAAGAAAACGAACGGCUUCGGGAGACAUGGCGGGCCAAGUUCCUUUCGCUUCAGAACGAUAUGGGUCAGGCCGCUCGCGAGGUAGCGGAGGAAAGUGCACGACGCAUCAAGAAAGAACAGGCCAUGUUGGCGCGCCAAGAAGUUUUGGAAGCGCGGCUGCAAGCUGAGUCCAAGACUCGAGAACGUCUUGAAGUUGAAAUGGAAAGACUUCAGGAUAACGAGCGGACUGGCAUGCGUGCUGUGAAUGAGUGCAAUCGUCUUGACGGGCUGCUGUCUGAGCUCCGCAGCGAGAAUUUCAAGCUUCAACAGGCUGCUGCUCGAUACCAGCGCGAGUUUGAAGAGGCUCGUGAAUCUGGGGCCAGCGAAGUCAAGAGGACUCGCAUGUCUCUGCAGGCUGAGCUCGAGGAUGCCAAUAACCAGGUAAACGUUGUCCGAGAAGAGUACGAAGAGCAGACGGCGAAGCUGCGCGCUGAGCUUGACCAUCUCAGGCUCCAGAUUGAUACUGCCAAGGCGCAAAACGAGAUGCUUCUUGAGGAGGCACAGUCCACUAGGAUCGCCGAGUUGGGCGAACUCAAACAAAAACAUCAAAACGAGUUGGAGGAUAUCGAGGCUCGUUACGAACGACAGUUGAACAACGCAACCGAGGACGGUCAGCGAACAGAACAGCACUUGCUGGAGCGUCUCAGCUUGUCUACAUCCAAGACUGAGCUUCUCCAAGACCGCGUCAUUCACCUUGAAGAGAAACUUGAGAUUACGAAGCAGGCCGCAGCCGCCGCAGCUCAAGCUGCGAAGUCGGCUGGCGUUGACUCUUCGGUCUUGAGCCCUGUGAUGGCUAAACCAGCAGAGCGGGUUGAGAUGCCUGAAAAGAUCUCCCCACAAGCUCUCCGGGAAUCCAUCAUGGUUCUCCAAGAACAGCUGCAGGCCCGUGAACAACACAUUGAGGAACUCGAGCAGACUGUUGCUGACCUUGAUCCCGAUGCGGCAACCAAGAUUUCGAAGCGCGACGACGAGAUUAACUGGCUGCGCGAGCUUCUUGCUGUGAGACAGGGAGAUCUUCAAGACAUCAUCAUGGCUCUUUCUAGAGACAGGUUUGACCGCGCCGCUGUCAAGGAUGCUGCCAUCAGACUCAAGGCCAACUUGCAGAUGGAGGAACAAGAGCGUGAGAGGGCCAUGAAUGGUGGCUCAGCCAUUACUCUCCCUAAUAUCGCUCAGACAAUCCAAGCUGCGACGCCACGUGUAGCGCAAACUAUUGCUCCCAUUGCAGCUGCUUGGGACAAUUGGCGCAAGAGUGGCCAGACUGGCUUCCGAGGAAUUUCAGGAGUGUUGAGUUCGCCUGCUGUCACGGGCAAUUCCACCCCGACUAAAGGUAGAAAUGACUCGGCAAAGCAGAAUGGCGGCGGCAUGGUGAGCGGGCUUCUCACCCCUCCAGCUACUGCUCUUCGCCAGCCUCCCACGCCGGACAGCCAUCAACAGCCCACUGCCUUUUCCAGCAUCGGAAGGCGAUUCACAGGCCAGAGCGUUCAUGAUCGGACACGCACAAAUUCCAACGUCUCUCAUCGAUCCGACAAGAGGCCCUUCCAAGACCUUCCCCUUCGACGUCAGGAGUUGGCAGCUGAGCCAGUGACACCUCCUCAUUUAGGGCACCAGAAUGUGUACGAUGAGGACGCGCAGCCUGGCGACUUUGACGACCAUGACUUCUUUGAAGAG